GCUUUUACUUGUUAAUAGCCAAACGUGACAUACAGACGGACGGACAGAUUACGGAUAGCGGAACAUUAUUAUCAUGUUCAAAAAGGGAAAAAAAAUGUCCUUUUUCUAUUACAGGCUGAAAUAUUUCCGUACAUCUCCACUUGGAAAGAAAUAGAAAUGGGGAAAAUCCGAAAAUAUCACUUGAAACAGAAAGUAAAAAAUUGCUCAUACUACAGGGGGAACUGUUUGUGACAUGAAUGUAAAUAGCAACCAUCGCAUGACGUGUACCAUGUAAAGAAGUGUUCAGAGAUAAGGUCACAGAAUUAAAUUACCUCAAGACAGACAAGCAAAGUGAGUUGACAAACACUUUGUUGUACAUAUCCCUUUAAGAUGAGGCCAGCGUCAGAGUUACGGAAGAUAAAUUUCAAACUUGCUGUCCUAGAAGAAGUGGAGAACAAUCUUCUCAGUCUGGUUAACGGAAUCAAUUAUGCCAAGACACAAUGCCGAUCGUGGAUUCAGGAAUCGGACGAUUUCAGUUAUUUUGAAAUCAAAUAUUUGAUCUCUGAACAAUCUUCCAAAAUAGUUCAACACUGUUUAACUAUCGCUGAUACCAUCAACGAAAGACUGCAAAACAAAAGCCGACUAAAUUCAACAAAGAUCUUCCGAGAAGCGAAGAAUACAUUACAACAAAACCUUCAAAGUCAAGAAGGUGAAACCAUGGCCAAGUUCAAAGAAGACAUGGAGGACAAGUUCCAGACGUUUCAGGAUGAAAUGAAAGAGGAGCUCAUUGCUGCUAGCUGCUUUAUGGCUUAUCUGCAAGCCGAGAGCAAAACAUUGUCAAACCAAGUGAAGGAAAUUAAUGAAACCAACAACGGACAAUACGAGAAGAUUACAGACAUGAAAAUGAAUGCAAACAAGUUGUUAGCAAAAAUUAUAGCGUCUCAAGCAAGACUAAAUGAAGAGGUAGUUAAAAAUGAGAAAAGCAGACAAGACUUGGAGAGUACUAAAAUCAACAUCGGUCGAUUAACACACAAAUUAAAUUUAGCUGAUGAUGAACUCAAGAAACAGAAACAAGAAAUAAAACUCUUACAAGAGAAGACUUUUGGUUCAGCCUUUAAUCCUUUCUCGGAAACACCGACUACAACCAAAUGUCAGCCAUUCAUCAAAUCUGACAUAGCAUCACCAAUAUCGUUUGGAUUCAAUUCAAGCAACCCUAGAAGUACUUUAAGUGGAUGUGGGUCAGUUUCUGCAUCUAACAUAACAUCAAACGAUGCAGUGGGAUCAGGGCUUAAGGUUACCACCACAACCACUAGUUCGAGUGGAUUUAGACCACUCUUUGCAACUAAUAUAACAACAUCAAACAAUGCAGUGAGAUCAGGGCUUAAGGAUACCACCACAACCACUAGUUCAAGUGGAUUUAGACCACUCUUUGCAACUAACAUAAAAUCAAGCGAUGCAGUAGGAUCAGGGCUUAAUGUUACCAGCACAACCCCUAGUUCAAGUGUAUCUAGACCACUAUUUGCAUUUAACAUAGGAACAUCAACAAAUGCAGUGAGACCAAGGAAUAGGUUUAAAAAGACAACCUCUAGUUCAAGUGGAUUUGGAUCACUCUUUGCAACUAAUAUAACAACAUCCAACGCUGCAGUGGGAUCAGGGCUUAAGGAUACCAACAUAACUACCAAAUCAAGUGGGUUUGAAUCACUCUUUGCCACUAACAUAACAACAUCAAACGAUGCUGUGGGAUCAGGGCUUAAGGUUACCAACACAACUACAAAUUCAAGUGGGUUUGAAUCACUCUUUGCAACUAACAAAACAACAUCAAACGAUGCUGUGGGAUCAGGGCUAAAGGUUACCAACACAACCACUAAUUCAAGUGGAUUAGGAUCACUGUUUUCAACUACAAUGACAACAUCAAGUGAUGCGCAAGGGUUGGUAACAGGGUCUAUUCCCAAAACAACAUGUUCUGAAAGUGGAACACCCAGUUCUGAUUUAAUUGUAUGUCAGUCAAAAUCUCUUGAAUUUUCUGAAAACUCUGUUCAAACUUCAGCAAACUCCAUAGUUUCUAGAACAAUCAAUGCAAGUCCUGCAAAGUCUGUUUCUAAAACUAUAAACCCCGUGGAUUGUUUUUUGUUAAAAUGUUCAGUUCCUUUGUCAAUGUUAUCUCAUUAUCCACGGGCAGCGAAAUUCCCCGAUUCCACACAAUCUUCUAUUAAACAGGAGGUUGAGUCUGCAACAGCUUCGGCAUUUAAAGCAGAAUCAAUUUGUUCCCGUACCCAAGAAGUAACUACUUCGCCAGUCCAGUCUGAUCUGUAUUCUACAAAUAUAGACGUGGACAAUGACACUGAUAGUCAAGAAGAAUUUUUUCAUGAAGAUUUCUAAAGUGUAUUUGCAUUUCCAUUAGGACAUAUGAGAGUAGAUAUUUGGAAAAUGAUAAUGUUAAAACUAAUUUAAAAAAUUACAUGAUUUUACAUGUUUAGUGAUGUAUUCUUUAAAUGUUUUUAUAUCCUCAACUUAUACACAAGACUUUUAAAAACUUGUCAUGAUCAGAUUUAUAUUAGAGAUUAUCAUCUUAUCCCCUUCGCCUUCAUCUAUCCUUUAGUCUGUUAGACCGUUGGGGCACUAUACAAGACUCGUCGACCAUCUUCUCUGUCUUUUGCCUUAAAGGUAGGCCUGUCCAUUCUUUUAUGUUGUCCUCCCAUCGCUUUCUCUGUCUGCCUCUUCUUCUUUUUCCUGAUACUGUUCCCAGAAGGUCUUUGCGAGCCCCGAAGAUCUUUCAAAUAUGGCCAUAGAUUUUUAGCUUGCGUUGUUUUACGAUAGUUAGCAGGUCAUCAUGGGGUCCAAUCGAUGAGGUAAUCCUGUCUCUAACCUCUUGGAUUGUGGUCUUUGAAUGUGAUACCUAGGAUCUUUCUGUAGCAUCUCAUUUCCAUUGCUAGGAUCCUCUUCUCUAGCUCUGCAGUCAGCGUCCAAGAUUCGCAAACAUAUAAAAAUGUAGCCAUGACCAGGAAGUGCAUCAGUCUGAUUUUGGUGUUGAGGGCUACGCUUUUGUCUUUUGAUAUUAUUUUAAUAUGGUUGAACAGUUGGGGCACCACACAUGCUUUGUCGACCGAUUUUCUCCAUUUCUCUCUUUUGCUUUAAAUAGAAUCUUUUUCAAUAACAUUCUUUAAUGUUGUUAAUGCUGUUCUCUGAAGGAAGGUCUUUGCGAGCCAUGAGAAACUUGUGAUAUGACCAUAGUUGUUUCGUUUGCAUUUUUUUUAGAGUAAUCAGCAGGUCACUGUGAUCCUGUUUCCAAUCUUUUCAACUGUGAUGUGUUUUUUCUAUGCGGUACUUGGGAUCAUUCUUUAGCUUCUAAACUCUAUUGCUAGAAUCCGACUUUCUAGUCCUGCCUAUAUCUGUGACGUGAACUAUCUGUGCAUGUAUUCAUGCCAGUAGCUGAAUUCGUUUUAUGGACAGUUGAUCGUCACCUUUGAAAGUGUUACUGCUUUAUGUUUAAAAGUAUUUAUUAUUAUUUUAUUGAAAUAAUGUCUCGAUUAGAGUCUGUGUAUUACUUUCCUGACCGCCAUAGCUGGAUGUAAGGAAACGGGACCUCAAAUCAGUGAACAUUGAUACUGACCAUUGGAAAGACAUAGCCCUAGACCGCACCUGUUGGAGAGAGACAGUGACCAAGAAAGCUAUGACAGCGAAAAAACAUAGGCCUCACCUCUAGAAGAAAAGCGUGCCCUGCGUAAAAUGGCCAGCUUCUCUACCAUGAAAGUUAAAGCCACAGGGAGUGUCUCUCCAAAAUAAGUUUAAAAGUGUAUGAUUUUUGUAAUAUAAGUUUUAAAGUGUACAUUUAUUUUAAUAUAAGUGUAUAUUUAUUGUAAUAUAAAUAAUUAUGACGUUUAUUGUAAUAUAAAUUAUAAGGUGUAUGUUUAUUGUGAUAUAAGUUAUAAAAUGUAUGUUUAUUGAGAUAUACAUUUUAAAGUGUAUGUUUACUGUAAUUCGAACUUUGCCAAAAGUAAAUAAAGAUAUAAUGCAUAGAAAUUAUAGCGUCCUUUUGCAAUCUUAAAUUAAAUGUCAAUACCUC